AUGUUUAUAAAAUUCAUAUUUAUAAAAGGUUUUAGAAGUUAUAAAGAUCAAGGUUUUACAUCUAUUACAUUACACCCAGGUUUUAAUGUUGUUACUGGUAGAAAUGGUGCAGGUAAAAGUAAUUUAUUUGCAGCAAUUAGAUUUCUAUUAGGUGAUCUUAAUGUUGGUAAUAAUUCAGAAGAUAGAUUAAAACUAUUACACAGUUAUGGUGGUAAUACAAUGCAAACUGGUUAUGUAGAGAUUGUAUUUGAUAAUAGUGAUCAUAGAUUCCCUAUUGAUAAAACUGAAUUUUCAUUACGUAGAACAUUUGGUACAUCAAAAGAUGAAUUUAGUAUUGGUAAUAAUAAAUUAUCUAAAGCAGAUGUUAGAAAUAUGUUUGAAGCAGCCGGUUUCUCAAGUAGUAAUCCAUACUAUAUCGUACAACAAGGUAAAAUCAAUACAUUAGCAUUAAUGAAAGAUUCUGAUAGAUUGGAUAUGUUAAAAGAGGUAGCAGGUGCAACCGUUUAUGAAGAACGUAAGAGAGAGUCUGUUGCAAUCAUGAUAGAGUCUGAGAGUAAAUCAAUAAAGAUUGAAGAAUUUCUAAAAUACAUUGAUGAACGUAUCAAAGUAUUAGAUAAAGAACGUAAAGAAUUACAAUUAUAUCAAACUCAAAUUGAAAUGAAAAAACAAUUUGAAGCCUAUAUCAUUCAUUUAGAAGCAAAUGAAUCAAAUGAUAGAAUUCUAGAUCUUGAAAAAGAAAAAGAAAAAUAUUUAAUUCAUUCUUCAAAAGAAUCUAAAAAAUUAGAAAGAUUUACUGAUGAAUUAAAAAAGGAUGAAAGUAAAUUUAAUAAACUUUUAAGUGAAAUUAAAAAAAUUGAUAAUGAAAAAAUUAUGGUAGAAAAAUUAAAUGAAGUAUUUGAUAAACAAAAAGCACAAUUAGUUAUACAACAAAAACAUUUUAAAAAGUUAUUAUCAAAGGAACAAGCUAAAUUGGAAAAGUUACAAAAGGAACAAGAUUUAUUGAGUGGUAGUAAAGAGAAAUUAGAGAAAGAGAUUGAAAUCAUUAAACCAAAACUAGAGGAGUUAAUAGGCCAAGAGGAUGAUAUUGAUAAUAAAUUGUCAAGUACUGAAAGAAAUUUACAAGAAUUGUAUGUUAAACAAGGUAUGUUUCAAUUUAAAUCAAAGACAGAGAGAGAUAAAUAUUUGGGUGAUGAAAGUUCAAAACUUGAGGAUAUAGUUAACCAAUAUGAACAACAAGCUCAAUCAUUGGAGGAGGAUGUAGAGGAUAUGAAACAAAUUCAGCAAUCAAAGGGUAAACAAUUUGAUAAUAGUAUGGCUUCAAAAGAUAAAGAAGCAGAGAUUGUAAAGACAGCAGAAUUGAGAGUUCAUGAAUUAAAGUUGGAGAAAGAUCAAAUUGAACAACGAGUUUCCUCAACUUUCCAAUCGAUCAAUGAAAUGAAAUCCAAUCUAACAGAGCAUAGAAAUGAAUGGAAGAAAGCAGAAAGAAACCUUCAAACCAUUAUGAAUCGUCCAUUGAGUGAGGGUUUGACAAGAUUGAAUCAAAUUAGACAAGAGGGUAAAAUCAAGGGUAUUCAUGGUCCAUUGGUUGAACUCUUUGAUAUCGUUGAGCCAGAGGCAACUUUAGCAUUGGAGGUUGUAGGUGGCAAUGGUUUAUUCCAUGUGGUGGUCGACACUGAUGAUACCGCCUCAAAGAUAUUGGAGAUCUUAAACACUGAAAACAUUGGUCGUCUUUCAUUCAUUCCAUUGAAUCGUGUAAGAACUAAACCACCAAAAUUCCCAAUACUAGAGAAUGAUUUAGUUUGUCCAUUGAUUAAGGUGAUCUCAUUCGAUCCAAUCUAUACAGAGGCAAUGAAAUUGGUAUUUGGUAAAACUUUAAUCUGUAAAGAUGAAGCCACAGCUGAACAAGUUAGAAAAUCAAGUCAUGUCGAUUGUAUUACAUUUGAAGGUGAUGUUUUCCAUUCAAAAGGUGCUGUAACCGGUGGUUACUAUAGUAAAAAGAAAUUAAAACUCUCUAGUUAUCAACAAAUUAAACAUUGGCGUCAACAAUAUCAACAACUUCAAACUCAAUUAACUGAGAAGGAAUCUGAAUUGGAGAAACUUCAAGCAUCUCUUUUAUCCAUUCAAAAAACCAUUAGAACCAAAGAGGAUGAAAAGAAUAAAAUCUUAUCAAACAAUGAUAAUAGUAGAGUGGAAUUGGAUAAAAUCAUCUCUGAACGUACUAUGUACAUUGAAAUUCUUGAGAAGAAACAAACCAUCUUAAAGAAAUUAAAGAUUGAUAUUCAAAAUUGUAAAGAUACUAUCGAUGGUUAUCAAAAACAAAUCAAUACAGCAUUCAAUACUAAAUUAACUGAAGAAGAGAGUAAUUUACUUUUAACAUUGAGUGAAUCAUCGAUUCAAUUAAAGGAACAAAAGAUUUCAAUCUCUUCAGACGUUAUGAAACUUCAAUCUAGAAAGAAUCAAAUGACCAAUCAACUCAAUCAAAACUAUGGUAAACGUUUAAUGGAAAUCGAAGGUGAGAUUAAAUCACUUAAUCCUGAAAACUCUAAAUUACAAAUUGAACUUAAACAAAAGGAAAUCGAUGAGAUCAAUAUAGAGAUUGAUGGUGUUCGUGAGAAAUUAGAAUCAUUGGUUCAAUCAUUGAAUGAAAAAGACGCUGAAAUUAAACCAAUUAAAGUAUCAAUCGAUGCAUUGAAACAACAAACCUCUACAAUCGCUGAUCAAUUGGUUGCCGAUGGUAAAAAGAUGGAAUCCCUCCUUGCACAAAUUCAAAGUUUUAAUAAAGUUAGAGAUGCUAAACAGCUAAGAGUACUAUCAAAAGGUGAUAGAUUCAAUUUUGAAGAAUUGAAGAAAUAUAAUAAAGAUCAAUCAGUUGAAGAAUUAAAUAAGAUCAAUAAAUCAUUGGCUUCAUUGAGACAUGUAAAUCAAAAAGCAAAUGAUCAAUUCAAUAGUUUUACAAAUCAAUACAAUAGUUUAGAGGCAAGAAGAGAUGAACUUUAUGAAUCCAAUGCUUCAAUUCAAUUACUUAUUAAAACACUUGAUAAUAAAAAAGAUGAAGCUAUCGCUAGAACUUUUAGUGGUGUCGCAAAGAAUUUCACUCAAGUAUUUAAAGAAUUGAUUCCAGGUGGCAGUGCUAAAUUAGUAAUGAAACGUCAAAUGGACGAAGAUGAAGGCGAGGGUGAAGAUCCAAAAGAAUGGGCCGAUGGUGAAACUCCAAAAGGAUUAUUAACCUUCACUGGUAUUGGUAUUCAAGUUUCAUUUGGUGAAGGUCAUGAACCAUGUUCAAUGAGACAAUUAAGUGGUGGUCAAAAAACUUUGGUAGCUUUGGCUUUAAUUUUCGCACUUCAACGUACUGAUCCUGCUCCAUUCUAUCUUUUAGAUGAAAUUGAUGCUGCACUCGAUCAUAACUAUAGAGUAGCCGUAUCAAAGAUGAUUCGUAAACAUUCAAGAGAGAUUCAAUUCAUUGCCACUACUUUUGGUCCAGAGUUUGUCAUGGAUGCUAAUCAAAAUUGGAUUGUUGUUUUCAAUAAAGGUGGUUCUAAGUUAGUACCAGGUUCAACUGAAGAUGCUCUUAACGUUAUUAAACAAUUGGAUAAUGGUAGUGCUUUCGAUUACUCUUAUCAAGGUAUUACAGAAGAAGAGUUUAAUCAAGAUAGACCAGUUUUGGGUGUUGCUGAAAAUAAACAUCUCGUCGCAUUUGAAUUUAAACGUGCUAAAAAGAGGGCUCUCAAAGCUUUGGCUAAAGCUGAAGAGGCCUGCGCUAUAAUGGUUCAAGAUGAGGCUAAUCAAGAUUCAAAUGCUGAUUCCUCUGAAAAACUUAAACAUGACAAGAAAAUAUUUGAAAAACUUCAUAAAGAAUAUCUUCUUAGAGCAGCUGAAUUUAAUCAAGUAAAAGAGAGAUUCAUACGUUUUGGUGGUAUCAUUAAGCAACAAGGUGAUGAUGAAUUAAGUCAAUCAAGUCAACCACAAGAUAAAGAAAUGGAAAAUAUUGAAAAAGAAAAAGAUAAUAAUCAACAAACUUCAGAUACUGAAAUGAAAGAUACUGACCAAUCAACCACAAAACAAAAAUCACCACCAAAAAGAAAAUCACCUUCUCAAGAUACUUCAGAUAUUGAAACCUCUGACGAUGAAUCAAAGAAAAAACAAACAGAAUCUAAUCAAGAGGAAUCAGAUAUUGAUGAAGAAACUCCAUCUCAACGUUUCGAAGAGGCUUUAAAUUAUGCUUCACAAAAAUUAAAACAACAUGGUUUACAAGAAUCUGAACAAUCUGAACAAGAAGAAGAUGAUGAUGAUAUUUCAAGUGAUUCAAGUGAUUAA